AUGUGCGGGGCUCACCGCCACGUCGCGCUCCUGCUCCUGGCCGAAGCGGUCCUGUGUGCUGCUGCCAUGCGGUUUCAAGAUGUGUUGAGCAAUGGAAGAGCUUCUCCUGUCAUGCACAAUAAGAUACAAGGCUGGUCUAGUGAUCAAAACAAAUGGAACGAAAAACUUUAUCCUUUCUGGGAAGACAACGACCCUCGGUGGAAGGACUGCUGGAAAGGAGGAAAGGUGACAACCAAACUGGUGACUGACAGCCCAGCACUGGUGGGAUCCAAUGUGACCUUUGUUGUGACCCUGCAGUUUCCCAAGUGCCAGAAAGAAGAUCAGGAUGGCAACAUUAUAUACCACAGAAACUGCACCCCGGAUUCUCCAGCCCAGGAUCAGUACGUCUACAACUGGACUGAAUGGAUUAACAACUGCAGCUGGGAAAACUGCACAAGCAACCACAGCCAUAAUAUAUUCCCAGAUGGAAGACCCUUCCCUCAUUAUCCUGGCUGGAGGAGAAGGAACUUUGUCUAUCUGUUCCAUACAUUUGGUCAGUACUAUCAAACGAUUGGACGAUCUUCAGUAAUUUUUUCAGUCAACACUGCAAAUAUCACUCUUGGCAAACACACCAUGGCAGUAUCCAUUUACAGGAGAGGGCACUCAACAUACGUUCCCAUUGCAAGAGCAAGUACCACUUAUGUUGUAACAGACAAAAUUCCACUGUCUGUGAGCUUGUCCCAAAAACAUGACCGUAACAUCUCAGACUCCAUUUUUAUCAAAGACUCACCAAUCACAUUUGAUGUGAAAAUCCAUGAUCCCAGCCACUACCUUAAUAAUUCCGCCAUCUCCUACAAGUGGAGUUUUGGAGAUGGAAGUGGCUUAUUUGUAGAAAGCAGUGCCAUCACAUCUCACACCUUUGCUCUGCAAGGAAACUUCACUCUCAAUUUAACUGUUCAAGCUAUUAUACCCGUGCCUUGCAAGCCAGUAACACCCACUCCAUCAUUGCCCACCCCAGCAGUAACGACAGAAGCAUUUUCUAAUUCAGACCCUUCUGUCCCCAAUGAAACAACAGAAGACAAUCCUGAUGGAGGCUGCCACAUUUACAGAUAUGGAUACUACACAGCUGGUAUCGCCAUUGUAGAGGGAAUCCUUGAGGUAAAUAUUAUUCGGAUGACAAGCAUCCAGUUGACAGAAAGUGAAGCUGAAAAUCCACUGGUUGACUUUGUUGUUACCUGCCAAGGGAGUCUCCCUACAGAUGUCUGUACAGCAGUUUCUGACCCCACGUGCCAGGUGUCUCAGGGCAUGGUAUGUGACCCCGUCGUCAUCACUGAAGAAUGCUUACUCACCAUUAGGAGAGCUUUUGAUGAACCUGGAACGUACUGUAUAAACAUCACCUUGGGUGAUGACACGAGUCAAGCCCUUGCCAGUGCACUUAUUUCUGUAAAUGAAGGAUCAUCCUCAGGGACAACAAAAGGUGUCUUCAUCUUCCUUGGUUUGUUGGCAGUGUUUGGUGCCAUUGGGGCUUUCGUCCUUUACAAGAGAUACAAACAAUACAAACCUAUUGAGAGAAGUGCAGGACAAGCAGAGAACCAGGAGGGACUGAGUGCUUAUGUCAGCAGCUUCAAAGCCUUUUUCUUCCCUAAGAGUACCGAGAGAAAUCCUCUGUUGAAAAGCAAACCAGGCAUUGUUUAAACCUUUAGCCUAACAUUGACUUAGAUUAUGUAUAAGACUGUAUCAUGAUUUGUUGUUGUUGCUAUAAAAAGAAAUGGGUAAGAUAAAAACACAUCUAGAUUGAUUGGUAGCUCUGGGGGGCUUGGUGCAAUUAGAAAUACCAAAAUAGUCCUUCUUAGAAAACAAAGGUAGUUUUGUGCACUUGCUGUUCUUGCUUGUGAUCUAGGAUAUGCUUUUCUAAAUAACUAACCCUCAUGCCUAGCGUUUUCUCACUUUUGGGUUAACUAGAUAUAAAAUUAAUCAGAUCUAAAACCUGCAGGGGAAAAAAUAUGAUGUAAACAAGCGAAAACCAAAAAUGCAUAAAUACUUAGUCUUCAAUAGACAGUCCAGUAUAGCUGCUUAUCACCUUAAAGAAGAUUCAGGUCAGAAACAGGAGGCAGACACUGGCUACAACUGUGGAAAGAAACUGCCAUGCUAUACUCCCAGGCACUGGCACCUAGCUGCUCAUGUUGGUUCACUGUUGGUCCUAGCACAGGCUUGCCCUGUACCUACCAGCUCCCCACCAAGCAAAUCCCAGCCUCUGGGAACCUCCACAGGCACUGCUGCUCACAUGCAGUUUGGCAGCCACCCUGCUUUGCAUGGCAAUGGCAUUCAGAAGUGUGCAGGCAGACAAGGCUGGACAAAGCAGCUCACUGCUGUGGACAUAGCUACUAGUGUACAAGACUCACUAUACCCUGGACCACAGACCCCAAGCAACGAUAACAAGGCCCACCUGCUUGGUUUUUCCUGUCAAAACUUGUUUUUAAAGAAAUUCUAAUUUCUCCAUUCUCUCUCUUCGACCACUUUCUCAAGUGAAAACCCCAAUCUACAUAAGGCACCAUGCUUCAGUUAUUGCUUUUGCGUCACUCAGCUUGUGCUGGGCAUGUAACUCUACACAGUUCAUUUCUGAACACUGAAUUCUUUGAAGAUCUAUAUUUCAAUACAUUUAGCUUAUUUAAUGUAUCUUACAAUUAGCCUGACACAUAUUGUUCUCCAUUCCUGAGGCAACGAAGAAGCACAGAUGUAUUUUCCUGACAUCUUGGCAGGCCUGCUCACCAUUUGCAAUCUGAACACAGCCUUCACUAUCACGUCCACACUGUGCACAGACAUCACUUGUGGAUAUAUGGAUUAUGACACACCUGUGAGGUUAGGUCUAAAGCUAUAAAAAUUCAGUAGCCUUUUAUUUUGUUUCCAUUUGCAGGAGAUUCCAUUUGCAUUCCAUUCCAUUUUAUAUUUGUUUCCAUUCUCCAAUGAAUUGUACUUCUUUUGUAGCCAUUUCAGAUAUAUGAUUAGAAGUACCAGGUCUGGUUUUGUUAUGUCUUCCUUAUGGAUAGCAAACACCCAUCUAACCAUAACUGGGCAAACAAUUCCUUGACUUAAACAGAAACUACUUUUCCUGUGAAAUGUGCUGUCUGAACAUUACAAGGCCUGUCAUCGCCUGAAGCUGACUUGCUGCCCUGGCUUGGGGCAGGACAGGGCUUCCACCAACACUUCACCAUGAUGACCUGCUAUGAGGCAGGGAGAGAUGAGCUCUGUCACAGGGUCAGGAGUAACGCGGGCUGCCAGUGACCCAAGCUACAUGCAGAAAGCAGCUUGUUUGGAGAACAUUUUAGGCGCUGCCUGUCUUCUCAGGCUUUUGCACCGAAAUGAGCUUUCAGGCACACUUCAGUAACUUUUUUAAAAUCUUUCACCCAAGAGUACGACACUGCGUGCGCUAUCUUUUUUACAUAUCAUGUCACUUUAAUCAUCUGAUUUUGCCUUUUCAACUGCAACUUCC